AUGCCCUCUCAACCACAAACAGCCCCACAGCCCAUCUACAGCGCCCCCUUUUCAGAGCUCAACUCCAUGAAGGAGAUGGCACCACCACACUACAUGACCCCCUACCCUUCCCACAACACCCGCCUUACCAUCCACGACCGUCGUCAAUCCAUGAUCGCUGGCCGCAACAAAACCCAGACAAGCACUCCUCCCACAUCCGACCGAUCUCGCCCCGACUACUCCCAGGGCGUUGCACCCGAGAGUGCUUCUGCUGUUAGCUCAUGGGAAACCGCACAGCCUUCUUCACAUUCUUCCGUGCAGACAAACCUGCCCCCACUUUCCGAAGCCCUUCAUGGCAUCAAGUCCGAGUCUUCCCCCUCCAUGGCUAUCUCACCCCCAUCUCAACCACAAGCGACCUUCUCGGCCGUCGGUAAUAUGGUUGCCUCUCCCCCUAACUUUUAUGCACCCACACCCUACUUGGACGUCCAAGCACCUCUUCAUGUCUAUCCCACCCAAGAGCAGUUCGAAAGUGACCCCUCAAGGAUGCCGCCCCAAAGUGUUCAAGAUCGCCAGGCCCCUGCAUCUGCUCACCAAAUGGUCUCCCAAGAUGCCAACCCCAGUAAUGACCCCGUCUACGCUCGUCGCGUGACCUAUCCUUUUGUCCCCGCCUUGGAGUCAGCCUCUAGUCUGGUGAUGUCCAGUGUGAUGACCGAGACUGCCGGUGCGAGCCCCUUGAGCAAUAGCGGACCAUUCACACACGGUGGUCUUGUUGCCCAGGGAAUGACCCGGACCUCGCCUAAUCUUGGCUAUGUCGACUCUCUUGCUCUCCAGUCUCAUCAUAUCCACGGUCAACCAGCAAGCGGUGCCUACCACUCACACCCUGCCGGUGUCGCCCAGCACCAUCAACAACAGCAACGUGCCAUGAACCCAGCUGGCUGGGCUCAAGAUGGCACCGACAUGUCCAGUUUGGAUGGUAGCGUCAAUGGAUCCAAGGUCUAUUCCUUUGUUCCUCUCUCCGGUGUCAACUCCAAAAAGCGUCCUCGCCGUCGUUUUGACGAGAUUGAGCGACUCUAUGUCUGUAACUGGGGUGAGUGCGAGAAAGCCUAUGGUACCCUCAACCACUUGAAUGCCCACGUCCACAUGCAAAAGCAUGGCCCCAAGCGUCUCCCAGCUGAGUUCAAGGAACUUCGAAAGGCAUGGCGAAAGCACAAGCGCGCCGAGGAAGAGGCAUCGAAGCAAGCCGCUGUUUUCCAGCAGCAGCAGGCUCAGAACCAGCAAGCCCAGAUGCAGCCUCUGUGCGACCCUUUGAUGUCCCAUAUGCACGCAGCAGCCGCUGGCCACCACCCUUUGGCGAUGCACUCGAUGGCCCAUCACCACCAGCAGCCUCAGCCUCACCAGCUUCCUCUGCCUCAUGUCCACCCCAACCAGCACCCACACAACCCCCACCAUUCCCAGUCGGCAACCUCUCAGCACCAUCACCACCAGAUGGGCUUUUAA